AUGAGUACAACGCAAUGGAGCGAGAGCAUGAAAGCUUUUUUUGAUGGUUAUGUUCCCGCGAAGACAAACUUGAAAGAGUUUGUUGACCAGUUUGACAACGCAUUGAAGAAGAAAAUUGAGAAUGAAAAUAAUGUUGACUUUCACUCAUUUAGCAUCAUCAUUCCCUACAUAUCUAGAUCUCCGAUCGAAAAGAAGUUUCAAGAAUUAUACACGAAUGCAAAAUUCAAGAAAGUUCAGCGAGAACUACAAUGUCUUAUAGAUUUGGCCCCAGAGUUACUUAAGAGAGAUGGUGGUGUAAAGAUGUAUCUUGUAGAGGAUGAAGUUCAUGUGGAAGACUUCACUAAGCUAGUUACAUAUUUAGUGGACUUUAGUGAUGUGGAUAUAGCUACAAAGUGUUCGUGUGGGCUAUUUCAGAUGAGGGGCAUAUUGUGCAGGCAUAUUUUGGUUGUAUUUAAGUCUAAUGGUAUAAACUUUUUGCCAAAUCAGUAUAUUUUAGACAGAUGGAGGAAGGACAUUAAGAGGAGGUACACGUUAAUCAACAGCAGCUAUGACGCAGGGGCUCAGCGAGCAGAUACUAACAGAUAUUCUACUCUGUUGAAUAUCUGUUAUAAGAUGAUUACUCACGCUGCAGGUUCAAAAAAACAUACUGAGGAUGCAACACAAAAGUUGUAUUCAAUGAUUGAGUUAUAUAGUGAGAACCAAGAACCUCCAUCAAGAACAUGCACGAGUUCCAAUGUUAUUCCUUCAAUACCGGAGACAGCUACAUGUGCGAGUUCAUAG